AUGAGCUCGGAUUUCCCACAUUACAACUUCAGGAUGCCUAACAUCGGAUUCCAGAAUUUGCCUCUCAACAUAUAUAUUGUGGUUUUUGGGACAGCUAUAUUUGUCUUCAUCCUUAGUUUACUCUUCUGUUGCUACCUGAUUAGGUUAAGGCAUCAGGCCCACAAAGAAUUUUAUGCCUAUAAGCAGGUUAUAUUGAAAGACAAAGUAAAAGAGCUGAAUUUACAUGAGCUCUGUGCAGUGUGUCUGGAAGACUUCAAGCCUCGCGAUGAGUUGGGGAUUUGCCCAUGUAAGCAUGCCUUCCACAGAAAGUGCCUUAUUAAGUGGCUGGAGGUACGGAAAGUGUGUCCACUCUGCAACAUGCCGGUGCUGCAGCUGGCCCAGCUGCACAGUAAGCAGGACCGCGGGCCCCCCCAGGGGCCACUCCCCGGGGCAGAGAACAUUGUAUAGCGUGUCACUGGACUCAGCUGGGGCGGAUCUGCCAACCACAUGGAGCCGGGAGGAUCACAGGCGGUCUCCACAUGGGCUGCUCUCCCUGAGGGCACCAACUGCCUCUUCCUUUGCCUCAUGAAGAACUCUUAGGCCAGCUAAGCUGGGAACCCUGACUUCUGGGUCUUGGGACAACCAAAGCCACCCUAUCACUAGCCCAUGCCAAGCGAAGAGGAGCUGAGAAGCCUGUGGGUUUGGUUCAAGAAACUUCACGUGGGUCUCUUGCUAACUCCGUUACACUUUGUAUCCCAGACACUUCUCUCCAUGUCUAGCAGCAGGGACGAGAAAAACAAGCACUAUAGAAAGGAGCUAGUGCAGGUCUGGGAACCCCCCCCCCCCAGCCUUCUCCACAGCGCUGCCUGCCUUUGCCCUGGUACAUGGCCCUGCAGGAAGCUGCAGCAGCUUUAGUCUUGGAUGAAGCGUGACCAGCAGCCAGGAGCUGGAGAAGCCGGGCCAGCAAAUAUUUCAAAUUAUGUUCCUUCAAUAAGGCCAUCUUGGACCCCAGGGGCUUUGGUUAAAGCCAAGCAGAAGUGCCCCUUACUACCCCCAUUCUCCCUCAGGUCCACACCACUUGCCACAUCGUCUGAGCUGGGAAAGGCCUAGUCAGAAGCCAUUACCCCUGAGCUCCGCUCUCGCUCACCCACCAAGCCAAUUUGCCCAGCAGAAGCCCCCGUGUGGGGUCGGCCUCUGAGCCCAUGUUGUCUGUGACCGAGGGCCCCAAGGUGCAACAUGGUUCCAGCAUAGCUGCCAGCCUGGAUCUAUGAGGAGUUUGAGACAGGAGCGUCUCAGAAUGGCUGAGCCCCGAAGCCACUAAAAUGAGAAGAGGGUGCUGAUCCUCUUGUCUUCCCCACCAGCCCCUGGGUUCUCUGCCCUCUUGCCCUGUUUCUUCCUAAGAGGAAAUGCCUGUCACCGGCUUUUGAACAUUUAACGUAUCCCAAAUAAGGUAGAUCCCGGUGUCAUUCUGAAGCAGGAUCCACUUGUAAAUAGUCCAGG